AUGCCUGAUGCCACUCAGAAUACCGGCGGCUCUCCCGCCUCUCGUUUCGCCAGUCGACGCUUCGUCCUGACUAACCGCCGCCUUUGCUUGGCCGUUGCCUCUCGUUUCGCCAACCGACGACUCGUCUUCUCCAUCGCCGCCGUGUCGAUACUGAGCGCAAAGUGUAUCCAUGUAUAUGCUCACAUAGCCGCCCUCCCGCCCGCCCAGGUCUGCCGAUGGGGCCUUUCCUUCUUUGCUCAGGACACCGCCCUGCUGCUCAUGCUGCGGCUUUUGCUCGAUGCCGAAUCGCCUGUUUUUGCAGCUGUAUCAUGCCUACGUUUCGUGGCCACCGCCCUGGCUUGCUUGAUAACCCUUGUGCAACACUCCCUCGCCGCCAUCAACAUUUCCUUCUUCGUCGUGGCCGGCUCAGAACUUCAUUGGCGCAACGUUGGCUUGGCCGGCGACUCUUCAUCAUGGUCCGUGCUUCUCGCCGGGCUCGUGUCUUGCUCCAUUGCCUUUGCCACCGUCCUCGUCGUCGGCUGGCUCCUCCAGGACCUUUGCUACCUCCUGGCCGGCAUGGCCAUUGACAUUGUGAAGCUGCCCUUCACCUUUUUGUUCAGCAAGAUUUCUUGCCGCGGCCUGAAUGCGCCCAAUCGCAUCAGGUACAACCAUGUCCCGCAAAAGGAGCUCGACUUGGAGGACGGUUCCGAAGACGAUGACUACCACAUGGAGAACAAGCACCGUCUCCUCGCCCCCGCUUCCGAUGCCGUGCACGAAAGCAAGACGACGUGGCUUCUCUACACCGUCGUUGGCAUUUUGCUGGUUGCUCAAGCUGUCUUGACGACGGUGCGACCGGCCGAAGGCUCCCUCGUCUUCAUGUCUUGGACCCCGAUUCUGCUGCCGUUUAUUGACUUCGCGCACUCGUCGCCGACCCUGGCGAGCUUGAUGCCCUAUUACGGCCACGGCAUUGGCUGGGGCUGGGACAACCAGACUGCCCUCGCCGAGCCGAUCCGCUGGGACUGGCUGCCCCGACUCGACGAGCCGCUUCCCGGGUUCGAGGACUGGUACCAGCCUGGUAUGCAACACUACAACGCGGCCAACGACCCGCUCAAGGUUUCCAACCUGGACGACGACCUGCUCUCUCCUCUGCGAGGCAAGCUCGCCGGUGUCGACAUUCGCCACGUCGUCUUGAUCAAGCUCGAGAGCACGCGCAAAGACGUCUUCCCGCUCAAGAAGGACGGCCAAAUAUGGAACAAGCUUGCCGAGACGUGGGAGAAUGGCGUCUUGCCCGAGAGUGCGCGGCGCCGGCUCUCCAGCCUGACGCCGACGGCCAACUUUCUCACUGGCGAUUUCGACGACGGCUUCAGCCACAACCACACCAGGCGGCGGGGCGGCGUCAACGUCAACAAUGAUCACACGACUGGCACCUACACUCUCAAGAGCCUCCCGGGAACGCUGUGCGGCAUCACGCCGCUGGUGGCCGACUUCAACCUCGAGUACGACCACCACGUGUACCAGCCGUGCUUGCCGCACAUCUUCAACGCCUUCAACGCCCUGGACCACUCCAACGACUCCGACUCGACAACCGACGACUACACCGGAUACAAGUGGAGCAACAGCUUCAUGAUGUCGGUGACAAACUUUUACGACAAGCAGGAUCUUUUGAUGCCCGUGCUCGGUUACAAGAACGAAGAGCUCAUCACCAAGGAGUAUCUGCAGAGCGACGACGCCAAGUUUGGCAAGGCGACGCUGCCAAACAUCAACUACUAUGGCAUGCGCGAAUCCGCCGUUGAGGACUACAUCAAGGACGCCUUUGAGACGGCCAAGGAGAACAAGGAGCGAGUCUUCCUCACGCAUCUGACCAGCACGGCCCACCACCCCUUCAGCAUGCCCGACGAGGAAACGUAUGUGCCGCUAGCCGACGGAGACAAGCUCGAGGACCUUUCCCACUAUGUCAACACGGUCGGCUUCGUCGACCGAUGGCUGGGGCGGAUCCUCGAAAUCCUGGAGGAGCAGGGUGUCGGCAACGAAACCCUGGUGGUUCUCGUCGGCGAUCACGGGCUGUCCGUCCCCGAGACGGGCGCGGUCACUCCCUACUACCAACCCAACGUGGGAAACUUUCACGUCCCCCUGGUCCUGUCGCACCCCGCGCUGCCCGCCGUCGACGUUGACAGCCCGGUCAAUUCGAUUUCCGUGCUGCCGACAAUCCUGGACCUUUUGAUUGAAACGGGGUCCCUGUCUCGGUCCGAGAGGGCGGCUGCUCGGGAUCUGGUUCGCAACUACGAAGGCCAGUCGCUUAUCCGACCGCUGCAAAGGGAGUCGAGGCACACGGGGCAAGCCGAUUGGCAGUUUACCGUCAUGAACACCGGCCGCGCCCAAGUCGCGACGCGUAGCGCGCGGAAUCCCCAGUGGCGCGUGGUGGUACCCGUGGUCAAGGACAUUGAGUGGCGAUUUACCAAUGUCGAGACGGAUCCGCACGAGAAGGACGCGGUUCUCUCGUUUGACUUUGAGAACUUUGUACGCAGUGUAGAGAAGAAGUAUGGCGGGGCGGCAGCAAAUUGGGCGGAAGAGGCCGCCUUUGUAACACGAUGGUGGGUUGACGAGAACGCCAGGCGAUGGCGGUUUUCACCAUGA